GCGUCUGAAACGUUCCAUCUUGUUAUAUCCUAUUGUAGAUUUAAAGCGAUCACGUGUUGUAAACGUAACUCGUAUGCGUUUUCUAUCUAAGUGCAGCUUUGACGAUUUUGUAAUGGAAAGCGGUAAUGAAUUUGAGCCCGCCGUCCGCCGUUAUGAAUAGCCGUCAGCUUCGUAGGCUCGCUGCCAUCAGCCGACCCCUUUACGAACAUCCAACAGCAUGCAUCUGCUAUCGACAUUACAGUCAAGUGAGGCCCGUAUAUGUUAUAGAAAGACCUAAGUGGCGUAAUUCAGCUCCGAGCUUCUACGCCGCUCAGUCUAUCGAUAUGAGACACUACUCAUUCGUGCACAACUUAGAUCCAGCAGUACGAGAAGGAUCACACAAAAAUGCGGAUGAUGUUCUCUUUGAUAUGUUUAAAAAUGAAGACACAGGCUUACUUCCUGUAGGGAAAUUUUUGGCGGCCUUAAGAACAACUGGUAUAAGAAAAAAUGAUCCUAGAGUUAAAGAAGUAAUGCACAAUUUGUACAAAGUACACAAAGAUUCAAACUUCGAAGGUGGAUCACCAGAAACAUUGAAACUUGAUAGAAAAUCAUUUAAAGAAGUCAUUUCACCAAACAUCGUCCUGAUUACCAGAGCAUUUCGUAGUCAGUUUGUUAUUCCGGAUUUUCAAGAUUUUAUUAAAGACAUCGAAGAAAUGUAUUGGUCGGCCAAAAGCAAUACGGACGGCAAAGUUGCCAGCUAUAUUCCACAGUUGGCUAGAGCAAGUUCAGAAAAUUGGGCUGUGAGUGUUUGUACUAUCGACGGUCAACGCUUUUCCAUUGGUGAUGUGAAUGUUCCAUUCACUCUCCAGUCUUGCAGCAAGCCACUGACUUAUGCGAUGGCACUCGAGACCCUAGGGCCUGACGUAGUGCAUAAGUACGUUGGCACAGAGCCUAGCGGACGUAACUUCAACGAACUCGUCUUAGAUUACAACAUGAAACCUCACAACCCUAUGAUCAAUGCUGGUGCAAUCUUAGUUUGCUCCUUAUUGAAGACGUUGGAUAAACCAGAAAUGACACUAGCUGAAAAGUUCGAUUAUGUGAUGUCAUUCUUUAGUCGCCUCGCCGGUAAUGAAGCAUUGGGUUUCAACAAUGCGGUAUUUUUAUCUGAACGCGAAGCUGCGGACAGGAAUUAUGCACUAGGAUUUUACAUGCGUGAGCAUAAAUGCUAUCCGGAAAAAACUAACUUACGAGAAUGUAUGGACUUUUACUUUCAGUGUUGUUCGAUGGAGGCCAGUUGUGAUAUAGUGUCCAUUAUGGCAGCUACUUUAGCUAACGGGGGUAUUUGUCCAAUAACCGAUGAAAAAGUACUUCGUCCAGAUUCCGUGCGCAACGUUUUAUCUUUGAUGCACAGUUGUGGAAUGUAUGACUAUUCUGGCCAAUUUGCGUUUAAAGUAGGACUACCAGCGAAAUCAGGAGUAUCUGGAGCUAUGCUUAUCGUGGUUCCUAAUGUUAUGGGUAUUUGCACGUGGUCUCCACCUUUGGACCCUCUCGGAAAUAGUUGCAGAGGUCUACAAUUUUGCGACGAAAUGAUCGAGCGAUUCAAUUUCCAUAAAUAUGACAAUAUUCGUUAUGCUAGCCAUAAAAAGGAUCCCCGUCGUUAUAAAUUCGAAUCCACUGGUCUCAGUAUUGUUAAUCUUUUGUUUUCGGCAGCAAGUGGAGAUUUAAGUGCUCUUCGCAGACAUCAUCUAUCAGGUAUGGACAUGACUCUAUCGGAUUACGACGGUCGUACAGCUUUACAUCUUGCAGCGGCGGAAGGACAUCUAUCUUGUGUAGACUUUUUACUUGCACAAUGCGGUGUACCACACGAUCCACAAGAUCGCUGGGGAAGUCGACCACUCAACGAGGCUGAGACUUUCAAUCAUUCCGCUGUUGUCCAGUAUUUAAAGGAGUGGGAGUAUGCUCAUCCAGAAAACAAGCAACUUGAACAAAAGCCCGACACGGUAGAUCAGAUACUCGAAGCGAAACCAGACGCAGACGAUGCUGUAAAAGAUCCAAGCAUUCAAGAAAUAGUAUCUAGAAAUGGUGACAAAGUUCUGUAAAUAUAUGGAUUUAUUAUUUAUUUGGUAGGUGUGUUGAAACAUCAAAUAUUAUCAGAAGGUACUUAUGUAUCUUAAAUAUUAGCAAGUUUAUUUAUAAAAGAAAACUAAACAAAACGUAAUACAGUGUCACAUCACAAGAGAGAUCGUGCAUUUGUGUCGUGACGGUCAUCAGAGCUUCUUAAUUAUGGAUGUUUCAAUACGUUUACUUAAAAACUUAUAUUUUACAAUAGUAAUAAUUUGAAAAAUGUUUAUUACUGUAGGUGUUUUAAAAUAUAAAUAAAAAAAUCUAGUAAAUGUUCUGCUGUUGAUACCAAAAUUAAUAAAAAAAUCAUUUAAUAUAUUUAACAAGUUACAUUAUCUCAAUGAUUAACAAUCUCUAAGAUGUGAUUAAAAAUUGGAUCGUGGUGGAUCGAAAAUAACUAUUUAUCCCCCAUUAAUUUUUAUCUAUCAAGUUAAAUGUUAGUAUUUUGAUUAACGAAGAAUCUCAUGGUUUUCCAAACUAUAUGUUAUUUAUGGUAUUUUUUAGCCGAAUCUAUUAUUUGAAAAUAUAGAGGCUGUGAUAUUUUUAAGUCGCAUUAAACUAAGCUGGCUUAUGAUUUACCUAUAUAUAAUACAUACUUACCUACUUUAUUUUAAGUUCUAAAAUCCCUUAUGAAAAUAAACAAUAUUUUAUAUUAUAAAACAAGCAUCAUUUUAUGUUCAAAUAGAUCGCCACAAAGCACAAUCUUAUUUGAAUUAAGCACUUGAUAAUAUCUGAAGUUUUCUUAUCUUUAUAAUUCUACUUGAAUUGAAAAUGUGUGAAUUAAUAAUUGAAGGAAACUUAAAUAUCCUUUCUUUAGUAAAACAUGAAAACUGUUUUGUUUCUUUUACAUUCCAUAUUUUUACGCAAUGUUCCUUAUAUUGGUUAAUAUGAAAUGUUCCUUCACAUAGUAACAAUAUGACAAAAAAUAUAUCAAGUUAUAAAAGUAAUUUAAAAUAAAUUUAUGCUUGUUAACAUUUACUGCUAGACAAAAGAAAAUGCUGCUUUAUACAGCUAUUCUAUCUCGAUGUGACAAUAAAAUUUGAAGUUGUGUGGUAGAUUAAUGAAGUAUUUUUGUCUGUAUUCAUAUAUGUCAAUUAAAUUGUUAAAAUUA